CACGUCAGAGAAGGCAGCAGAGUCCUUUUGGAGGAGACGGCUCCAUUCUUUUGAGGAACGGACGACACGACUUCUGACGUUUUUAAAACUUAUCAUAAACUUUUUUGAGAUCAACAUGAACGCUUUCGUCGGUCUGCAUUGCACAUUACUUUUUGCGUUGAGCCUGAUAUUUGGAAAAUAUCCUGCCGAUGCCGGGAUGUGCUGGCUGCAGCAGAGCCAGGAGCCGCGUUGUGACAUGGUGCUCAAGAGGGGGGUGACCCGUGAGGAGUGCUGUGCCGGUGGCCGUCUAGACACCGCCUGGUCCAACACCACUCUGCCCAUCAACGAGGUCAGCCUGCUUGGAUUUCUGGGAAUCGUGUCCUGUAAGCCUUGCAAAGAGAACUGCGAUGGUGUCAAGUGUGGCCCUGGGAAGGUGUGUAAGAUGAAGUUGGGGCGGCCCCAGUGUGUGUGCUCCCCCGACUGUGGCAGUAUCUCCGGCAAGCACGCCGUCUGCGGCAGCGAUGGCAACUCUUACCGAGACGAGUGCGACCUCCUCAUGGCCAGGUGCAAAGGGCAGCCAGAUCUGGAGAUCAUGUACCAGGGGGAAUGCAAAAAGUCUUGCUCCAACGUGGUAUGCCCUGGCACGCACACCUGUGUGACUGACCAGACCAACAGUGCCCACUGUGUCAUGUGCCGCACAGCCCCCUGCCCCCUGCCCAUGGCAACUGAGUCCCCCAUAUGUGGCAACGACAACAUCACUUACUCCAGCGCCUGCCACCUCCGCAGGGCCACCUGCUUCAGAGGGCGGUCCAUAGGAGUCCGCCACUACGGCCAUUGCGCAAGUGUAGAGGGGAGUGAGGAGAAUUCCCUCGACUAACUUCUGAAGACAUUUCGGGCGUGAAGUGAUAAAACUCCCAGCACUUGGUUUGGAUUGGAUUGCCUGCUUGCGAGUUCCUAGUCAAGACUUUACGGCCCCCCCUGUUAGUCUCCAGCAGCUUCAGUCUUAUGACAAUACAUGUGGAUGUGGAGUAGACCGUGGGAAGAGCAAGUCUUCUGCAAAACGGGAGCCACUGACAUGUUAAUGCAUGCGGUACAUAUUAAAUGAAAUGAUUUUUUGAAUUACUUUUUUUUUUUACUGAAAUGUCUAUUUUGGAGAGGUUUUUGGUUCACUUUGGAGGAUUUGUUUUGCAAGAUGUGUAUAUUGUAAAUACAAUACCACUACUAUUUAUUGGAGAAAAUAUAAAAUACCUAUUUAAUACCUCUGUCAUCUAGAAGUCAUAUACCCAUAGAUCAUUUUGAAAUAUAUUUAUUGUAAUAUCAUCUAUUGUUAUGUGGGCAGCGCAUGUCUGAUACCGGUAGAACUGUUUUCAAUGACAUAUUUGUAUUGUGUAUUUAAAUGACAGUGCGGCCAUUUUGGCAAGCUGUGCUGGAAUCUUAAUCACAGAGUUGUAGAGCGUAGACAAAUGCCAAAACAGAGCAGCGUCGAUCUGUCUUUACAUUCCCCUGCCUUUGUUUGGAGGUGAGUCUAGUCGGCAGCCAAAAAAUGGAGUUUACUACUCUGCCUUAAUGUGUGCAACAGUUUGGGGUCUGGAAAAUUUAAUUACCUACCAAUCAAUAAAAUUACCAGCUGGAUGCUAAUAGACUAGACUGCACAAAACAGUUUUCAGUAAAUCAUCAUUUUCAUUGCCUUUGUUUUUGUGUAAUGAUGGGUUAUCUGAGUUCAUUCAUUAUUUUUCUGCUCCUUUAUUGGUUACAUACACACAUUCUAAAUGCGAUUGGCUAUCCGGUCAUGGAAAAAAACUCUUAAGACUUUCUAAAAGGAUUCAUCUGAAAGCAUUCCAUGUUCAGUUGUAAGUAUUCUAAUGUAUCUGUACAGGUACUGUAUUGUACUGCAUUUAAUGUUCUGCCCUGCUUGUUGAUAGAGCUACUUUCACAAUCCUGUAUAAAUAUCUACUGUUAAAAUUUGAUGGAUAAAUGUAUCAAGUUAUUUUUGUAUUUUUCUACUGAUGUUUGAAAUUAAAAAUGUUAAAGAAUA